AUCAGAAGCGUUUGUCUGUGUGUCGUGAAACUGCUACAGAAAGUUGAGCGAAGUAAAAGCUUCAACUAAACACCUCUUCACAGCUUUCUUAGUACAUCCUAUUGCUCGAUUCUGGAACAUGAAAGAAGACAAAGAAAAUACGCGACCCAAAGAGAGGAAAGUGGAGAUCAAAUGUGAAGAAAAUGAAAGAACGGAGAGGCCAAAUAAAGAGAAGAAGGAGGCCAUGACAAAGAUUGUGAUCCGCCGCCUCCCUCCAAGUCUAACUAAAGAAGAGCUGGAGGAGCAGCUACAGCCUCUGCCCGAGGUGGAUUAUCUCGAGUUCUUCUCCAGUGACACCAGUCUCUACCCUCAUCUCUUUGCAAGAGCAUAUCUAAAUUUCAAGAACCAGGAGGACAUUGUACUUUUCAGAGACCGUUUUGAUGGUUAUGUGUUCAUUGAUAAUCGAGGACAAGAAUAUCCUGCAAUUGUUGAAUUUGCACCAUUCCAGAAGAUUGCUAAAAAGAGGAAUAAGAAAAGAGAUUCCAAAAGUGGAACAAUUGAAGAAGAUACUGAUUAUAAGAGGUUUUUGGAGAUCUACAAUGGUGAUGAGGAGAAGUUUACGUCAACAACUGAGACAUUAUUAGAAGAAAUAGAGGCUAAGACGAAGGAGCUAGUUGCCAAGAAAACAACUCCUCUCUUGGACUUCCUUAAGAAUAAGCAGAGAUUAAGAGAGGAAAAAAAAGAGGAGAGGAGGAGGAGGGAGCUGGAGCGCAAACGCGUGCGGGAUGAAGAGCGGCGGAAGUGGAGAGAAGAGGACAGAAGGAAGCGCAAAGAAGCUGAGAAAUUAAAGAAAGCAGAAAAGGCACCUGAAAAGGACAAGGACCAAGCUAAGGAGGAGCAGCCAAAAAUCAAGCUCCUGAAGAAACUAGAGAAGCAAGAGAAUACUGACAACGAAAAGCCCAAAGAGAAACCCAAGAAGCCGGAGCGGGAGAAAGUGAAGGAUGACCGAGCUCCAGGAGGAGCAAAUGAAAAGAAACGUCAAAAUGGCGAACACAGAGAGGACAAGCCAAGAAAAUAUGAGGAAGAUGGACGCAGGGAGCAUCGGGAUCGUGAAGUCGACAGAGAAAGAGAUCGGGAUCGAGAGCGACGGCAGAAAGAGAGAGAGAGAAUCAAGAGGCAGGACGAGGAACGGCGGAAGAGGAGGGAGCAUCACGAUGGAGAAAACGUCUACAGAAAGAGAGACAGAGAGGACGAGAACAAAAAGGAAAAGGAGUAUGUAUGGGAAAAGAGAAAGAACGAGAAUACGGGCGAAUCCACUCCAUCUGACAAAUCUUCUAAAGAUGCUAAAAAGGAAGAAAAUCUGAAAAAGGAUCGUUUAAGGAACAAGGAUCGCCCUGCCAUCCAGCUGUACCAGCCAGGAGCAAGGAGCCGCCACAGAGGAUCAGAGGCUGGCGAGAAGAAGGCUGAUAGGGAUGCCAAAAAUAUACACGAGAAAGGGGAAGAGUGAAGAAAGACCAUCACAUGAUGAUGAUAAGAGAAUUCUGGCCAAAUCAAGGCAAUUUAGCAGUGCUGCUAAAGCAAGAGGUUCCUGUCCCUCACAAGCUCUCUGUCAGAGACACAGAAGUAGAUGUUGCCACCAUAGAGUGCCUGAAUAAGCCCCCUUUACUUUCUGUUUGCUUUGAGCUGAGCAGUGGGGCAGAGUAAAAGAAGCCAAAGUUUAUGGGCCAUGCGAACUCCAAGUGACCUUACUCUUGGUAACCAAUCCAACAUAUUGUACUUCACUGAUUUUCUGGUAUUAAAGUUUACCAAUUCAAUCUGUUUCCUGUUCCAGCUUUCACAAUAAUUUCUUUUAUUUCAUCAAAAUGUUUUCAUUUUAAAGCAGUUAUUUUUGUGUCACUAGACGCUCUGCACGUUAUACCACAUAUGCAGACUUUUUAUUUGAAGAAUGUUUUUGGAAAUGUGAGAUGCACAGAGGCUGGGGUUUUGUUAUAACAGACUUUUGUCACUAGCAAUGUUUUUAAUUUAGAAACUUUUGACUACAUGUCUUGUUGAAUUCGCUUGAGUGGCCUUCCUUAAUUUUGAAAUAAAGCUUUACCCUGAUGAAGAAUUAAAAA